AAGCAUAUGCAAAGUAAAUGUAUGUGCAAGGCAUGUUUUUAAACUACAACUGUCCAGACUGAGCAGAGGUGGGUGAUCUAUUUUCUAUUUUGCAGAGUGAAGGCGAUUGGAUAGUUACACUUGGAAGGAAGGUCUACUAGGUCAAACAGUGUAAACGAAAAGGCGAAAUAAAGUUGAGCGAAAAACUUGUAUUUUUUCCGACGCAGGCUAUUAUUUUAAAAGAGUGGAGUCUACAAAGAUACUAGCCUAUAUAGGACUAUACUCGUUGGCUUCGUAGGCAAGAGGCUAAAACAAAUCUGUAGGCUAUUCAGGCAACUUGGCUCUACAUCAACAAUGGAGAAGUGGAAGAGUCACGUGCGUGGUGAAUUGUUCAAAAGAGACUACAUUCAGAAAGAUCCAUUUCAUGGUCUAUUCGUUUCACUUUCAAGUUUGGAAGAAAAAGUUGAUCUCCGAGAUAAACUAUUGGACGGUCUUCAGGGUUGUGUUGAAAGACAUGGAUGUGGAGCAAACGAUGAUCUGUCACUCAAGCAUCAGCUGGCACUGAGGGAAAGUGAACAGGACAGAAUGAAGUUCAGAGAACAGCUCAGAGACCUCACUGCGGCCUUGUAUCUCAAAGAGGCAGAACUGCAGUACUGCCAUGCACAGGUUGUCCGUUUCCGCAAUGAAGCUUUGGUAUUUGGACGUGAAAUGGCCACUUUGAAGACCAACAUGGCUGACUACGAGUACUCCCUGGAGCUGCAGUCCAAGGAACUGACCUCUCAGAGAUGGGAGCUGGUGGCUCUAAGAAAUGAGCUCUCUGCUGUUCGGCAGGAGAAAGAGGAACUUCUGGAGCGCUGGAUGAAAGAAAAGAGACUGGAGGCAAGCCGGGUUAAUAAAUUCAAUCAAAUGCAAGAAAGGUGGCAUCGUUUUGCUGAACAUAUGGGCACCCCUACCCAUCCAGAAGCUCAACAGCUACAUCCAGCGGAUGGUGAACAAGAUCUGGAAGAUGAACCUUCUGUCAUGAAGAGUUAAUUUCAGUUGGUUGCAAUUUGUAGUGGUUGCAUAACCAGGACAUUUUAAAAUAAGUUUUUACCUGUGUAUGUUUGCACAUUUUAAAAUAUUUAUUUACAGGAUGGGGUAUGCUAUUGGACAUGCUUAAUGGACUUGUAUUUGUGAAUUUUGCAAUUGUAAGUAGGUGCAUUAACUACUGAAUAUGUUAGAAAUGGCUGAUACCUCAUUUCAUUUUCAGAUACCUCAACUAUUAUUUUUAUGAUGGAUUUGAUUAGUUUUAAGUCAGAAACAUGCUAAUGUACUAAUUCCUUACUCACUUCUGUGCAUUUAAGUGUUAUAGGUCUUAUUUGCUAAUUUCUCUUCAUUUAGUCUGCAGUGAUAGCAUUUCACUGAGCCUUAGAAAAAUGUUUUUCUAAAAAUACAACGAAAUGAAAACAUUCAGCAUAAGUUUUAGAUUUUCUCACAUUUAAUUAGAAAAUUAAAUAAAAAUCUGAAAUUGAAACAAAAAAAAUUGGCCAACAGCACAUUUCUGAUGAUAAUGAAAAUGAACAUAACAAUAAUUAUUAUCAACAGCUUGUUUCAUCUUAACCCGUUGUUCUGUUUUGUCAAUGGUGUCCAACAGAACAGAAAAGCAGCAGUCUCAUUCAUUUGUACAGGAUUGCUCUACAUUGCAGGACAUCCAUACACGCGCGCGCGCACGCACACACACACACACA